UUUAGUAUAAUGUUGUUAAUAUUCAACUUUUUUGUUGUGUACACGUAGAUAAUUCAAUAUUUUGUAUUGCUUGUCAUAGAUUUAUUUAAUUAACCAAUAACGCUAUAUUUUCAUUGUGAAAUCGUGUAUUUUGAUGGGAGUAACUAUUUAUUAGUAAAUCAUUAUGGCUCCCACUUUGAAUAAUUCUAGAAAAUCCUUGUCGUCAAAAUCAGGCGCUAACAAUAAAGAAAAUUCUUUUUUACACAGUGUUAGCGAGUUUCACAGCAGAAUCAGAAGAAGGGAAUCAAUACGAGUGAAAUAUAAGGAUUAUGAAUUAGAACAAAAAAUAGAGUUUGAAAUGAAAAUGCGUGAGGGCACAACUCGACUUCUUGCCGCCUGCAAACAUCAAACGCAAUCACUACAGGCCGCCAAAAGUUUAUUGACAUCCAAUGAGAGGAUGACUGCAUAUAUUGCUGAAUUACAUAGAAAGAGUCGAGAGCCUCCACUAAUUGGCUGGAAUGGCGGUAAAGCACGAGUAUCAUUAUCAGAUUUACGACUUCCAUUGAUGUGGCGGGACACCGACCAUUUCAAAAAUAAAGGCGACUACCGACGAUUUGCAGUAUUCUGCUUGGCCAAAAUUGGAACGCAACUGUAUGAUACCAGUCUUAUGUUUCCAGUGGAUAGAUCUAUGACUGAUGUUACAUUUAAUGAUGUAUUGCUUUUUGAAAAUAUUGGGCCAGACUUUAAACUUGAUUUAGAAGUGUACGCUCAUGUACUACGUGAUGAUUUUUCAAUAGCAAGCACACCACGAAAAAUUAAGAACACAUUACAUAGUUCUAUUAGUCGUACAGUUGGUAAAAAAUUAGCUGCUACAUUAAGAGAUGAAUUAAAUAGUAGUAAAAUUGGUCCUAAUUUUGAAUUAAUGGCAUCAGCUAAAUUAACCUUAGAAGAAGUGGAUGAUAGAGUACAUACUCAUGAUAUGAAAAUUGAAAGCACUCGAAACCGUAAUAAUCAGCUUCCUUUAUUUGGACAUUUUUGCUGUCGUUUGGCUGCUCAACCCCAAUGUAUAUCAUCUCCAGUAUAUUCAGGAUAUGUUAAGUUACGAGAUGAGUUAUCCCCCUCAUGGGCAAGUCUUCAAGCAUUUGAACUAUCUAUAUGGUCAUCAGAAGAAGAAGCCAAUUUACAACCACCUAAAAAAACAUUUAAAGUUGAUAAGAACACAGUAAUUCGAGCAAUAAAGAAAAAUAAUGAAAUUGAAUUAUCUAAUGAAUCGGAAAAACGAACUGUUUCACUUACAUUUUCAGUAGAUAACGGUGAAAAAAAAGGAAAUUGGUUGAAAUAUUUAGUACAACAUACUAAAGAACACAACAAGUGGAAGAAAGCAGCUGAAAAUGUCAUGGAAGUGCAGUUAUUGGAAACAAACAGGCAUUCGUUUAUUAAGCCUGAAAGGCAAGGGUCUCUUUAUGAUGAAACUCCACUGUUUGAACCAUUUGAUAAGAACAACCACAGGCCUUGUGUAAUGGACAUGUUUUUAAAUGGAGGCCAAGUGUCUACUUCUAGUUUAAGCUCAUGUUUAUCAACUGGUUCUGUUUCUCAUAAUCUACGUUCAAAUUCAUCAUCAUCAUCAUCCUCAACUGUAAGCAGUAGUAGAACCCAAAGAUCAAGAUCACAUUGGUUAUUAUCUAGGAAAACUUGAUUGAUACAAAAGCUUUUAUUUUUCUUUAUAUUGUGCAUUCUAGAGAGGGCUUGUCUUUAUUUAAAUGACAAGUUUUGUAUCCUAUAUACCAUUUUUUACCGCUCAAAAUUGAAAAAUGUUAAAUUAUCGUUUUAUGGCUGAUUCUAUAUAUUCACAGAUGAUUUACUACCUUAAAAGUAUAUAAUAAUUUGAUAAUUUAGCUCUUUCUAAUUAAUG